GAUGCCAUCGCACGGAUGCCACCACCAGCUCCAUCCCAUCACUGUCCCCGCCACGUCCCUGUCCCUGCCCUGGCCGUCCCACCGGUGGCGCGGCGCGGCCCGCCGGGAGCAGGCGAGAGGACUGGCGCCGCCCGGCCAGAGCGCCGCGUCACGUGGCGGAAGCCGGAAGCGGCGGGACCGGCAGCGAUGAGCGGCGGGUCCGAGGCGGCGGUGGCGGCGGCCGGGGCUGAUGCUGAUGCCGAGCGGCGGGUCCACAUCGUGGUGGAGUAUUGUGAGCCCUGUGGCUUCGAGCCCACAUACCAGGAGCUGGCGAGCGCUGUGAAGGAGGAGUACCCCGACAUUGAGAUUGAGUCCAGGCUGGGGGGCACAGGUGCCUUUGAGAUUGAGAUCAACGGGCAGCUGGUCUUCUCCAAGCUGGAGAACGGAGGCUUUCCCUAUGAGAAGGACCUGAUCGAAGCGAUUCGCAGAGCGAGGAAUGGGGAACCGCUGGAGAAAAUCACCAACAGCCGCCCCCCCUGCGUCAUCCUGUAGCCCCACGCCCAGCUGGGAUCUCCCAGUGCCCAGCAGCUGGCUCCUGGCCCCUUCGGCAUCCCCCCGCUUCACUCCUUGCUGCCUUUGUUAGCUUCCUGCACACCCAGGGGACUGGGGACAUUGGGGGAGACCGGGAACGUUGCAGGGAUGCGAGAGCGUAAGGGGCUUCCCACUGGGGGCGAGAGCUGGGAUGGGCAGAGCUGUGCUACUGGUGUCACUGUGGGGACCAUUCUGGCCCAUCCCCACCAUGCCUGACCCACUGCGGGGUGUUGCUGUGUCGUGGGGUGACUCCCCUGCCUGCCUCUGCCUUCCCCUUCCUCUGCGCUUGCCUCCCGCAGCCACUGGCUAUUCGGGGACACCCCACGAGCGCUCUGCCCAGCCCUUGGGAGAGCCAGGCCGGGGCGUUGGAGGGGACUUUGCAGCUCCAGUCCUCCCAGCAGGUUCAUGCAGAGGGGAAAAAAAACCACUAGCUGUAAACUUUAGCGUGAUUCGUUAAUGAUUAAAGUUUCUCCUGUCACUGUUUAAACUGGUGCGAGGGCAGCAGGGACCGGCUGCCCCAGCCGGGCAUGGGAACCCCGGCUUGGCUCUGUCCCCACGGCCAAGAGGUUUAUUUAACGGCUGUGAGCUUCCCCCACCUCCCCGUUCUCAGGCUCUCAGCUCUCGCCUCCCACCUGUAAUGACUCUGCCCUUCGCCACGGGGCGGCUGAGCCGGCGGAGGGGCCCCCUAUUUAUUCUAUACUGUGUAUAAACCCAACGGCCCGGUGCUGAAUAAAGGACAGAGGAGAACGUG